CCAACUGGAUGCCUUCACUUUUCUUGCUCUCCAGUCAGGUCUCAAAGGCCCCUAGAUGAUUUCCAGCUACGACCAUCUGUCGAUUUCCCUAUCCGAGUAGCCUGAUUAGUGAGCCUUUUGCCCGCCAUCUCGAACAUUUUCUGAUUAGAUAUACCUCCAUCUCACACAAGCAAGCAGCCAUGGGUACUCUCGGAGAAGGGCCGGUGCUGACUCGGAUUCACACGUUCCCCGAGCAUCUGUCGGUGCACGAGGCGCUGGAGCGCGUGAACGAGCGCGUGGCGGACGACGACAUCAUCGUGGAGGACGAGGAGCUGCUCGCCAACUCGCUGCUCUCCAUCCUGCGCGAGCUCGAAGGCGACGACAUCGCGGAAGCAGUGGAGACGGUGUACGGGCUGUCGGCGCAGUACAACCGCAGCAGCGACCCCGCGGACCUGGAGCGCCUGCAGGCCGUUAUCGCGUCGCUCGACCCCGCCGCAUCCAUCCUGUGCGCCUCCGCGCUCUCGCACAUGCUAACGUUCCACAACGUCGCCGAGGGAGUGCAGAUGGCGUACCGGCAGCGGAAGGUGAGUGAGCGGCACGGCGCGAUUGAGGACGAGGGCAGCGCGCUGACGGAGUCGUCCAUCACGGAGACGUUUGAGAAGCUGCGCGCGCAGGGGCUCACCGUGGACGACAUCUACCAGGCGCUGUGCCGCCAGCGCGUGGACAUCGUGCUCACCGCGCACCCCACGCAGUCCAUCCGCCGCUCGCUGCUGCAGAAACACGCCAGGAUCCGGCACCUGCUGGUGAAGAGGCGCGAGGAGAAGAUGUCACCGGAGAGGAAGGAGGAGCUGGAGGAGGCCAUCAGGAGCGAG